CUGCAGCACGCGCUCUGGAAAUUCUGCAUCAUCAGCAUCAUCACCAGUCGGUUGAUUCUCCUCUUCAACCUUCAGUCUCAGUCUUUUCUUGAUUACACUCGUCGAUAUUUUCAAUCAUAUUUUUUGCCUAUCGACUUCAUUCCUUCAGCGAGGCUUCCUGAAACAGCUGCAUAGAGAAUGUCUGCUGCUAAUAAUGCUAAUCCAGCCGGUGGCCCUGGAGGAGAUGGGGCACCAGCGGGUCCUCCUGCUCCCCCUCCAAACACCACCAGCAACCGCCGACUACAGCAGACACAAGCACAAGUGGAUGAGGUGGUGGACAUCAUGCGUGUAAAUGUGGAUAAAGUUCUGGAGAGAGAUCAAAAGCUUUCAGAACUGGACGACCGGGCGGAUGCUCUGCAGGCCGGGGCUUCUCAGUUCGAAAGCUGUGCUGCUAAACUGAAGAACAAAUACUGGUGGAAAAACUGCAAGAUGAUGAUCAUAAUGGGUGUGAUUGGAGUCCUCUUCAUUGGAAUCAUUUUCUUGUAUUUCUUCUCCUGAGCUGAUUCACAUGAUGAGUAUGAGAAAUGAGCUCCACCCCUUUUCCUGAUCCUUCUCUACUCAAGAUGUCAGUCGUCUCACACUUUGGUGUGACCUUAGUAUGUAGAUAUCAAAACUCAUUUUACCUAUACAUAUCACAUGCAUCAAUUCUCUUACUAUCUUUCUCUUUCCUUCUUUCUCUUUCUGAAUAAACUGCACUUUUCAAACCUUAUGCAGACACAAAGACAUUCAUACACGACUGCACUCAGGCAGAAGAUAGAGAGAGAGAGAGAGAGAGAGAGCAAGAGAAAGAAAGCGAGAGAUUAACUCAGGCUAAGUCAGAGAAUUUGUAAAUUGAUACAUACAUUAUCAAAUAUAACCCUAUGCUAUUCUUACUACUGCUAUUGCCAUUAGCCAGUACCAUGAGCUAUCAGUCAUCUAUUUUGUUCAGAACCUUUAUGUGUACUGAUGAUACAGAUUAGGUUGAUAGCUUUUUCUGCAUAGCACAAGAAGUAUUAAGAUGUAAUUAUAUAUAUUUUUGAAUUUUUAUCAAGAGUAGAACGUUAUAAGUGAAAAUAAUUUUCAUUUUUAUUUAUUCAGUAUUGGCAGGAAAAAAUACAUUAAACCCUACAAGGUGUUGGAGGUUACACUUUUAAAAUAAAUGCUGUAGAAGAAUAAUUUUUGUCCGAAUGGUUUCAUAAGGACCUCUGCAGAACCUUCCGUGGCAUGAAAGCUUCUUAGUAGUAAAAUUUUUUUUUCAGAUAUUAAAAUGUAUGAAUGAAGGUUUUCACUGAAUGGUUCUUUGAGGAAAAUGUUUCUUCAAUGGCAUCACUGAAAAAACCUUUUAAGGGGACAUAUCAUGAAAAUCUGACUUUUUUUAUGUUUAAGUGCUAUAAUCGGGUCACCCAUACUUUUAUCAACCUAGAAAAUGAAAAAAGAUCAACCCAGUAACUUAGUUUUGGUAAAUCAUUCUCUGCAAGCAUGUGAAAAAAUAGGUCAUUAAAAUUUUUCUCCCCUUGUGAUGUCAAAAGGGGAUAAUACCGCCCCUUAAUCUGCACUAUCCAACCACGGCACUGCCAUUUAGUGCAGACAUUUGCAUUUAAAAGCACAGACACAAAAAUUUGCCCUACACGGUGGCAAUUUUAACAUAUUAUUAUAAAUUAUCUGUGUGUUAUUUUGAGCUAAACCUUCACAUAUGUACUCUGGGGACACCAAAGAUUUCUUUAACAACUUAAAAGUCUUGUGAAAUGUCCCCUUUAAGGGCCUUUUUUAGGCCCCCUGUGGUGAAAAUCAUGUUUGUAUUGUUGGUUUUAUGUCUACGUGGUGUUUUUAAUAUCCUUUAAGGCAAGCCAUGUACAAAUUCAUCAUUCAGCCCCAUUGCUUAGUAUUUUCUCCAUAAAAUUUGAGCUUUGAAAUCACCUUGAUUUCCUACGUCACAAACAUGUGACCAAUCACAUCAACACAGUUGAAAGUGUAGAUCAGUAGUUCAAGCCAUAGAUAUUAUAUAUAUAUAGAUGCCGCAUAGCAUAGGCUCACUGCUGGAACGAUUGCAGUACAGCUGCUUCACCUGUUUCUGUGAUGCUCAAACCUGUUAAAGGGACACUCUACUUUUUUUAAAAAAUAUGCUCAUUUUCCAGCUCCCCUAGAGAUUUGAUUUUUACCGUUUUGGAAUCCAUUCAGUUAAUCUCUGGUACCACUUUUAGCAUAGCUAUUUAGUUUUAAAUAGGAAAAAUAUUAAAACUUUGGUUAUUUUUUACUGCAAUGCUAAUGGUUUAUGCUAAGCUAUGCUAAAAGUGGUACAGCCAGACCCUGAGAUCAGCUAAAUGGAUUCCAAAACCGUAAAAAUCAAAUGUUUAACACUAGGGGAGCUGAAAAAUUAGCAUAUUUUCAAAAAAAGUGGAUUGUCCCUUAAACAUCGCCAAUGAUUUCAUGCAUGCUUGUGUGAAACCGGACUAAGCAGUUUUGUGUCUGAAAUGGUCAGAGCUGCAAGAGUGGAGGCGGAGCCUAAUUAGCAUAUUAUAAAUCUGUGUAUACCAAACGAGGCAAGAUUAUAGAGUUACAUUUAAGCUGUUUUAAAGCAUAAAGGAAUUACUAUGACAGGAAAACUUUUACAUAUGCUAUUAUAAUGCUCAAGGACGAAUUUUAAGUGAUAAAAUACUCGACUACAGGGAGACUUUUAGAGGGAAACUGCUGUGUUUUGACUUGCAUAGCAGAUUAUUCCCACUAUUAGACUUGAUUUAUUUUGUAUUGUUAAACUUUUAUUACUGUAACUGCUUGAUUUACAACACAAACCUCAUUUUCCUGUUUUGUGGAAAAUAUUCAUCUGGGCACAAGAUGCUGUCAGCCUGCCAUGAUGUACUGAAAUGUACCGAAUCUACUCAGAAAUAUAUAAUCAGUGCAGUGCGUGCUAAUAAUUUAUACUGCCAUGUAAUUGACAACUGUUGGUUUUACAUUCCUGUAUCUGUACACUUUAUUAUAUUUUGUUUUUAUAUAUUAUUUCAUAUUUUGAUUAUAGAUGUCUAUUUUUUUUUUCUCUUGUAAGCUCAAAUGAGACAUACUAAAAAUAAUGUGAAAGUCUAUAUAUGUGAAUG